AUGCGGGAACUCUCGAUCCUGGCCGUAGCCUGUCUAGGGGCCUUGGCAGCGGCCAGUCCAGUCGAACAAAGGGCCACGAACUACGUUGGUUACUUGGUUUCCACCUUUACCGACGCCAACCCCAAGGUGCAGCAGUAUCUUUCUAACGGCAACAAUGCAUACAGUUUCAGGUUCUUGAACAAAGGCAGCCCUGUCCUCUCUUCGACUGUUGGCACUAAGGCCGUGCGCGACAUCUUCCUUGCCACUAACACGGCACGCUCUGAAUAUCAUUUGCUUGCAACAGACCUAGACAUCAACGCCCCGGGCUUCUCCUGGGACGCUGCAACACGGACCGGCAGCCGAGGAAUUGUAGUAUGGAAAUCUACCGACCUGGUGACUUGGUCGGCGAGCAGCCUGCGCACCAUCGAAGUAUCGACAGCUGGCAUGGUUUGGGCUCCAUCAGCCGUCUGGGAUGACGCUACAUCGCAGUACUACGUUUUCUGGUCGUCACGCCACUACGCCACGUCCGACGCCAGACAUACGGGCACGGCCUCGCUCGACCGGAUUCGCUACGCGACCACCAAGGACUUCGUUACGUUUAGUUCACCCUCCGAUUACCUGGCUCCCAGCGGCACGCCGGUCAUCGACCAGGAGUUCCAGUAUCUUGGGACUGCGGGAAGCUUUGCCCGGUUCGUCAAGAAUGAGACAACGCUUCAGGUGUACGAGGAGAGGACCACCGGCGGGCUUUUUGGGUCUUGGUCUCGUGUCGGCACUUAUGUUACCACACAGACCCCGCGGGAGGGCCCAGCUAGCUUCGCAGACAAUACCACACCUGGGUUGUAUCAUCUCUGGUUAGACAACUAUACUCAGUAUGUUCCAUACAAGACAAACAGCAUCACAACUGGAGGCUGGAGCGCGGAAAGCGUUAGUGGGUUUCCCUCAGGGCUAAAGCAUGGUAGCAUUACACCGUUGACUCAGGUCGAAUACAACGCACUUGGUGCCAAGUAUCCUUCUUAA